AUGCAAUGCGUCAUGGGAUUGAUUGAGUGGUUCUGGAUUGGCAACCCCAAACCUGUUGCAUUGCUUGAGGAUGGUACGCUAGAUAAAGCAAGGCUUGUGCAAGAACCUUUGCCCAGCAAGAAGCUGCGGAAGUUUCUCAUAUACGUGGAAUUUCAGCAGCACCAAGCACUCAUUGCAAAGAUGCUCACUCUCAAAGAAAAAGACUAUGUGACGUACAAUGGCUCUAUGGCUACCACCAAGCGUCAACGGGCUGUUGAGAAGUUUGCCAAUGACCCAUCAUGCCAAAUCAUGAUCAUCAGCAAUGUAGGCUCAGCUGGUCUCAACAUUACAGUUGGUGUACAACAUUCCUGGCAGUCUGCUAAAGUAUUUGAUGCUUCCACAAUGCCCUUACCCCCUUGUCAGCUGUUGGAGACAAGGAAAUCAAUUUCCAUAAUUCUCAAUUAA